CGUGUAGUGUCGUUGCAAUCGGCAACCAUUGUUGAUUGCUACCUGUAUGAGAUUUUCGCCUCACUUGAGUUACGUCCCUCUCAGUGACAACAAAGGAGUGCACACGUCACGUAUCUUAUUCAGGCUAAGCCUACCUGCGUUAUGCCACGCCCCCUUAUACACUACAAGGGAGGUGACACGGCUAACGGAACAGCUACGUGUGCCGAUAUCAUGGCGACAGUUUGAAACACGGACGGGCCAGGUGUUGGCCUGAAAUGGAUUUACGAAAUGUUGGAGAAAUUUGGAGAUAACUGAUGUCAUGCCGCUGCCUAACAGGAUUGUCGAACCUCAAAAGUUGGGGAGGAAAGCGUUACGACCUGAACAAAAUGAGGAUCCCGUCUCGAUCCAACUCGCAGUUUCCCAUAACACUGUGCUCGGAGCCUUAUACCAGCUCGCGAGUCUCGUGCGACACGCAGACGAUCUAUUUUGUGAUUUGGCCGAAGAGUGUCAAAAAGUUUUCGAGAAAACUGACAGAAUUACGGAAAAGUUGUCCCGAGUGAAGGAUCAUGUCUACAAAUUGGAUUCUAGGAAAGUGAAAAUACCUGUUGGUAACCUGAAGCAGUACAGUAAAGUGACUGACCACCAUGUUGCACGCCAUGGGUUCGACUGCUACAUGUUCACCCCGGACUCCCGCCCUCACUGCAUCAAGGACUCCUACACACUGUCUGAUCUCACACCGACCAAGAUACUUCGUGGUGCCGAUAUCUACAGGAAAGAUGGACUCUGCAGCUCAAAUCUCUUCAAGCUGUGGCCUAUCGUUCUCAAUGAUCACAAAGUCGAAAGCCCACAACUUAGCAUGUUACGCAGGGAUCGGACGGGUCAAUCAUGUAACAAAGGCUACAAGGUCCUCAAGAUGCCCGAGUGUCGGCGCACGAUACAUGAGUUUGACCUUGAGGACAGCAACAAGGUUGAAGAGGAAGGGAUAGAUUAUUUCUGCGAACCCUCCGUGGUCCAGAUUGAUACAUCAGGGGUCGGCUUCCAGAGAAUGUCUUCAUUUCGUGACUCAUUACGAGAUUCUGAUGCCAAGAAGAAAAAACGAAGAAGAACCGUUUCUGGUGUGCCCGAGAACUUGUUGUAUGAAAUCAGUGAGUUUGAACGAAAGAAACGAAACACAUUUGACAGUGCUCCUCGAGACAGGCCAAGAGCUUACAGUUUUGAUGACCUAGAUGCUAAGACUAAAACUGAAAGAGAUGAAAUCCUUGCACAGUAUUUUGAUGAAAUUGAUGCAAAAUAUGAGGAAAUGCUUGAAGAAGAAACAGCACAGAAAGAACCCAAAAUACUGAAAUUUUUACCCUGUAGACGUUCAAAAUCACUCCCAAGAUGUGUCAAAAUGUCCCAUCGUAGUAUCGAGCGAUUUCAGCAAGGCAGUUCAACAGGAAGUUACGCCAGUACACUGAGUCUCGCGAGUGAGAACUCAACUGGUUCAAGGUUUUCCCGUUCAACGAAGCGGUCCAGCAUCAUCAGCAACAAGAUUAAGUCCCUUGUCAACGCUGGGAAUGCUAGGCUGCGACAAAGACCGAAGUCACUCGAUCUGGAUGCCAUCGAACUCUGCCCAGAAAACAACAAGAAGACGAACUUGAGAAAAGCCACAUCUCCCAGCAUGCCUGCUAAUAUAGAGCAGACGACGUCUUCCACAGACAGUGUGGUGGGACCUGGGACGUACUACUAUUUCGAGAGUAACACCAUUCCACGAGCCCAGGCUAAGAAAUAUGACUUCCCAUGGGAGAGUCUGCCUAAAGAUUGGACCACUUCAGUGAAACUGCGGGAAAUAAACAAGAGGAAGUCAAUGGAAGAACGUAAUUCUUCUUCAGGUGCCUGGAGUGCUAGUGGGAGCAGCAGCAAUCGUCAGUCACUGGAUUCCGCCAAGUCCAGCAUGCCGUCAUCCACAUCUCAAUAUUCCAUAGGGAAGGAUUCUGGUAGAGACUCACCCUCUAUCACUGAUGACAGACCUGAUGGUUUGAAGUACAGUCCAGUCCAGGAUGUGGCUCACGAGGAUGAUGAAAUCAAGUCAGUGACUGGGACCAAGUCCCACUUCACCAAGAUGGACACUGACGCCUGGCUGCAGAUGUUAGCAAUGAAAGCUGCAAGUAGAGAUGACGUAACCACCGACUGCGCCGACACGCUCAAGUCACUCUCCCAGCUCACCAAACAAAACAUCCAGGCACUGGAUCUGAUGUCUCCAGCUCUCAAACCUCCACAGAAGUUGGAUGAUGAGGCCUCGUCUGUGUAUUCAUUGGAUCAGGAAGGCUUCUACACGUCCUUCCACAAUGAUAGUGGCUUGAGGCGUAGCACUGCCACACUGGAUGAGGAUUUGGAUAAAAUGUCUCCUGUGAAGGAAGCACAGAGUAUGCUAAGCAUGUGCAGCACUAACACCGUGGAGAGCGUCAUCUAUAGACCUAAAGAUGGAGAGAAGUUAGCAUCCCCUAUAAGUGUUAAGAAAGGGGGUAAGUGUCCUCCUCCACCGCCCCGCAGAACUAGCAGUAUGGAAGUCUGUGCUAAGAUUCGUGAGAACGACAGCAGUAGUAGUUCAGGAGGUAGCACCUCUACACUCAACAAUGAUGGAUCUAAACCUGGCCACAAAGGUUUAGAUUCUUCUUUCUCUGAAUCUGACCAAGAAACCAUCUAUGCAAGACUCAAAACCAAAACCAGAAUUUCGUCCGGUAUGUAUCCAUCCUGGUGCUCUGUUUCUGAUGAAGACUCCACACCAGAGAGUUCCCGAGAGAAACUGAUGAAUGGGCACAAAGAUGUCAAUGGAAAUGCUUCUAAACUUUCGCCUUUUGCUAGAAGCAUGUCCCAGCCAACAUCGAUUGUAAUGACAGCCGGACAGGAUCUAUCCCUAGGUAAUCCUACCAUGGUAGGAUUGUCAAGAAAGGGAGAAGAGAUGGAUUUGGAUUGGGAAGGUCAUACUCUACCCAAGAGACAGUCCUCAACAAAGAUGAUGGAUGAUGAGGAUUUCACCACCAACUCUUGGCCAAGGUCUGGUAUUUUGAAGAGAGAUAAAUCACCCAAUGGCAAAACCCCGAAAACAUUGAACUUUGCACCAAUGAUUAAUAUGUUUGAUCCAAAGUCCCCUAAUGGUGUGCAGCUACCUUUGCCUGAAAUGUCCUCCUCAUCCUCUGAUGAAACAAAGACCUCAGCAAACUCACUUACAAGUGCCUCAGAUGAUGGGUCGUUCUACAAGCUUGCUAUUCCUCUAGGUACACCGGAGACUGUGAAGAAACAUCAUGGAAAGAUUCCAAUGAAAUACCAACCUAUCAUAACAGUCAAACCUAGACCUAGAUCUGCUACAGAUGCAGGUCAGAAACCCGGUGCUUAUGUAAAACUGUCCCCUGGUUCCCAGCCAUCACCACCAAGUCAAGUUGUGUACCCGACUAGUGUCAUCAAGCCAUCUACCUCUACACCAAAUGCAUCAAAAACGCCUUUCAGAAAUCGCUCGUCAAGUUGCAACAAUCGAGUACGAGCUCACUAUGCAUCCACAGAUGUCAUGUCACAGAGUUCAGGGAGCUCAUCCUCCAUUCCUUCCAUCUCUUCAUCAUCCGAUGGUGGCUACAUGGACAUGAAGUCAGCGACUAUCAAGAGUUACCAAUCAGACUCUCUAAGCAGUAACAGCUCCAUUGGCUUAUCCGACAUUGACUCUAGUAGUUUGACGUAUGUCAGCAUGUCCAGUGCAAACUCUACCCCGACAAACUCCACCCUCACCUUGACACAAGAUUCAGGGUCAGAUAUGUCUGGGUUAGAAGAUAGGAACAAUUACAUCACUGUUGGGCAGAACCCAGUGAAAUCUAUGAGAGACAUGGCUGUUGUGAAUGGACCCACAGUGUCUAGUCCACCAACUUUCUCCAGUUUUAAUGGACCCAAUACCAGAUCAUUCACAUCAAGCUUAUCCCCAUCUCCCACUGUUGAAGCACCUAAAAUGGCCAUGCACAGAUCUUCCACAAAUCCUCGAAUUUCAGGUGGUUCACAAGGUGUUUCUCCUGCUUCUAGCUCCUUCAUACCUCAUUCAAGUUCAAGCAACCAGUCUCAUCGACAUUCCCUGUCUCCUCAUCAAUCAACUCCAGUUAAUAAUCCUCCCCCUAGUCAGUCCAGCUCAGUCCAGAGACCAUCUGUACUGGCAGUGUCACCAAUACAACAGUCACAACGUCCUAAAGACAGGCGCAGAUCAGCUCCUCUACUUGGACAGUCCCACAGCAGCUUCUACUCUCAAGGCUCGCCAAAUGAUGCCUAUUCUAAAGGAUCACCAAAUAAUGGCCUCUCUCAAGGAUCACCCAGUGGCUUCUAUUCCCAAGGAUCACCCAGCAAUGCCUACUCUCAAGGAUCACCUAGCAGUGUGAGGUCAGCAGACUCACAAGCCCCUAGUAGUCGCAGUGACUCUUACAGAGUAGCCAUGAAGACGGAAUAUGAUCAAGGAUCACCAUCAACUCCCAACAGAGCUACAUCAUACCGAGCUGCAGUCACCAAGACAAACUCAGCCCCUCCAACAGUUGAACCAGAGGUUGUUAACAGGGCUGAUUCCUACAGAUUUGCAGUGAGGAAUACUAAUGGUCUUGUAGACGUUUCUCAUAAAAGAAACACUUCUUAUCGUGUUACUCUCCCAGAAGGUGAAAGAGACAGUAGACUCGAUGCUCUUAAUUCAUGGAAUGGUAGUGGUAAGGACCUUCGUAGAAUGGGCAUCACAGACAUUGAUCAGUUAAAGUGCUAUUCGGAUGAUGAUUCCACCAAACGGGCAAAGGAAAAGAGUGGAGGAGCGCUCUUUGCUACUAUAAACUCCAGCAAGAAGAAGAUGAGUUCUAAAUCAGACAUUGAAUCUUUGCUGAAAGCAAACAAAACACCAUCUCCAGACACUGGGAGCAAGAAGUCAAGCAAGAAUGAUAAGGACAAGGACAAAAAGAAUGCCAAGACAAGGUCAUCCACUUACAUCAGGUUCGAUCCGAUCUUUGAGGACAAGGAAGAUUUCUUCAAUUCAUCAUCGGACACGCUUAGGGCACCCUCUGUGUCGUCCCUGCGUCCUCUCUCUGCAUCACACUCAAGUGAGACGCUGACCACAGAGGAGGGCCCAUUAUUGGGGAAGAAGCUGCAGGCUCCAGGCCCUGUAGGGAAACGCAAGGGUUCAAAUGGCAAGAAACCAGUAGAUGAGAGAGCUGUCAUGUCCAUUCUAGACAGCAUUAAGUCAACAAUAAAAUCUAUUUCUGGUCGAAGUCCUGACAAGGAAGACAGUCACUAUGUAGCCCAGCAGUAUGCUUCAGACAUUUGAGGGUUGCAGAUAGAAUGUACAGUGACACCCUGUUAAUCUGGACUGUCCAUUUUCAGUUAAACUGUCGAAAUAAAUAUACUUCUAGAUUAAUUAUUCAAGGGUACUUUGUGUCAUCCCUCUGGAUGCACGUAGAUGUCCUAAGAGUAAUUGUCCAGAAGGUAGCAUCAAAGUCCAGAUUAGAUGGGUUUCACUGUAUACACUGUCAGUGUAAUAUUUCCAUGGUGACUUGUUAACGUGGUUGUUUCUAAUGGGUAUUAGUGUCAAAUACAUGUAAUGACCAUCCCUCUAGGAUGACAGGUCCAUGACAAAGUCAUUUCUCCUGGAUGCUAGCUGAGAUCAAAUCUCCAUUUUGUAACACAGAAGCUAAAAUGUGUGGGUAAAUACUUUGUACAUGACCUUAAUUAGCAAGAGGUGUACGGUGGUAAAAAGUGUAAAAUGAUACUGAAUGAGAUCUGAAAUGGACAUGAUACCCAAAAUAUAACAGUUAACUACAAAACCCCUCCAUCAAUGAGUUAAAUAUAAGCUGAUUCUUGAGGUUGGGAGUAUUCAUCUUUACACCAAGUUUAUGCCAUGUGAUGCUUUUGUCAUAUCACUUUGGAUUAUUUGAAGUGUAAAUAGGAA